CACUCAUUUGCUCUUGAAUCUCAGAGACGACAAGAUGUCUUUCUCUUGUCCAACUAAGAGAAUGGCUCAGAACUCCUUGAAAAUUAAGCUGCAGGGUUUGGAAUGCCACUUCACCUGGAAGUUGGACGACAGCAGAUCUAGACUGGAAAGUCUCAGACAUACCCUGAUAGAUAUCAUCAGCAGCGAGGGGGUUCAAUGUUCCUGGACGGGUCAUCUGUACAACCUCCUGGCUUACCUACACCACGCUUUGGGCUCCACAGAGGACGCUCUUCAAUGCCUGAAGAAGGCUGAAGAGGCCAUUCGCCUAAACAGCCCAGACGACGUGGAGCUAAGUCUGGUGGUCCACUAUGGGAACCUGGCUUGGGUGCACUAUCACCAAGGGGAGCUGACAGAGAGCCAGACCUAUGUGGAGAAGGUGGGGAGACUACUGAGGGACAACCCCUCGCCCUGCCCAGUUGUAGUGUGGGGAGAAAGGGCCUGGACUUUGAAUAAGUUUGAUGUAAGCAAGAGGAAGGAAGCGGUACAUUGCUUCCAGAUGGCCUUGGAAGGGGACCCAGAGAACAAGGUGCUGCGAUGCGGUUACGCCAUAGCAUUUAGUAAAUCUUUUGAAAAUAAAGACAUUACCCCGAGGCUGCGAUCUGAGAUGUUGGAGAACCUACGGAUUGCUAGAGAAUUGGAUCCAGAACAUUUGACCAUUACAGUGAUGUACCUGCAGAGGCUUGCAGAUAGCGGCCAGGUUGAGGAAGCACGUAAACUUGCAGAUGAAGUGAUAGAGAAGCCUUUGGACAGCUUUGGUGGAUUUGGACUCUUACUAUCAUUUUUCAGAGAUUACGUUUCUCAUGAUUCAAGCAUUGACCUGGCAAGAAGGACCCUGGAGAGACACCCUGAUUCACGCCAACUGAAAAAGCGUCUUGCGCAGUGUUACAAAUGGAAGAUUUUCUCUCUGGAAGAGAAAAGGAACCCAAUGAGGCAUAUUCUGAUUGAAAAUGCAGUCAGCCUUUAUGAAGAGGUGGUCACACUCUACCCAAAAUCCCUUGCAGUUAAACUGGAACUGUCUGCCAUGUACAAAGAAUCUGGCAGAGUUGAUAGAGCAGAUAAGAUUUUCGAGGACCUGCUUCUUGAAAUAGAAGGAAUGGAACCACAGGAUUUACAAAAAUUCUACAACAGGUAUGCCCAACAUCUGUUUUUUGCCAAACACGAUGCUUCCAGGUCAAUUGAUUUCCACAAGAAGGCAGUAGAGAUUAUGCUACCCACUGGCCUACGUGACAGCAGUAUUCGUGUUUUGUUGUCAAAUGUCCGUAAUGGAGGAAACAGAGCUGAGGAAAUUGUUGACUUUAUGAAUGGACUUGAUAGAGCAGGUGCUGCCAGCCAGUUCUAGACCUUUUUUUACAAUAAAGGCUUGAAUUAACCAGAACUGCUUGUCGAAUCAGUCCAAUUUGCAUAACCUGUUUAUGAUUGAUUCAUGUGGAAAAUAUAUUCACUAUACCACUAGGACAAAUCUAGGGCAAUCUAGGACAAAUUUUAAUUUAGUACAAACUGAAUACCUUCGUAUUCCAAAUGUCUGUGCUAAUUUUUACUACUGGGAUUGCUGAGAGAUGCAUGAUCUUCAAUGCUAACACUGGAAAGGAAAUUCAAGGCUGAGAGUAAAGUCAUAAAUAUGUAGGCCUAACAUGACAAUAACUGUCUGGAAUCCACAUUUUGAAUUGAGUCUGUACAAGUUAACUGUGGACUAUGUACUACAGACAAACUAAUAUGUUAUUUUAAAUGUUUCAUUAUAGAGUAGAGGCCCUGUAUAGCCUGACAGACAGACUAUCCAGAACAAUAGGAUAUUAUUUAUUUUAUUUUCUUCACACUGGGCACAAUAGAGUCUGUUUCUGGAAAAUGUAUGUAAUGUGUAAUAUUAUACUGUCUAAUAUCUUGUAAGUUCUUGUGAAAAUAAAGGUAGUAUGUUAAGAGUU